AUGAAAAUGCAACUAUGACAACUAUCUACGUGAAUAGAAUGACUUCAGUUCAGUUCAGUGAAGAGUUAAAAGCUCCAAACAAUUCCUUAAAACAACUCUAGUGUUACCUAACGAUAUGUCGAGUCCUGUAGAUUACAAAUCUGCGAAGUCUAUAUACGAAUUCACUGCUAACGAUAUCAGAGGAAACCCUGUUUCUUUGGACAAAUACGAAGGACACGUUUGCAUAAUCGUGAAUGUGGCCUCUGAAUGUGGCUUCACAAAUCUGAAUUACUCCGAACUCAACAAACUCUACGAAGAAUAUUCAGAGUCCAAAGGAUUGCGUAUUCUAGCAUUUCCCUGCAACCAAUUCGCCGGGAACGAACCAGGCUCCAGCGACGAAAUUUGUGAAUUUGUGAAGUCGAGGAAAGUUAAGUUUGACAUGUUCGAGAAAAUUCACGUGAAUGGAAGCGACAGUCAUCCUUUGUGGAAGUACUUGAAACGUGAACAGGGUGGGAUUCUGGGGGAUUUCAUCAAGUGGAAUUUCACAAAGUUCAUCAUCGAUAAAAAUGGAAAUCCAGUGGAGAGGCACGGGCCUAGCACAAGUCCGAAAGAACUGGUUGAGUCUUUAGAGAAAUACUGGUGAGGUUUCAAUGGAUCCUCGUUAUAAAAUCAAGAUAUCCUUGUUCUGUGAUAGUUAAUAAAACUUCAGUAAGAGA